UAGUCUACCUGCCUAUUUCAGUGUCGAGCCAUGAGUACCCGCACCCCUGCGGUCCCCGAUGACUUUCCACACUUUGCUGCUUGGUAUGGUCAAGUCCCUGGCUUCGACCAUGCAAGAGUUCGGGGCAAGGACUUCCAUUGUCGUGACCAAGUGUUCCACCUACGACAGUUGGUGGAUGCCAGGUACUACCUGAACUGGCACUACUCGGAUGCCGAUUCUUAUGGCCCCUCUGCUUACUUCAAUGCAGCAGAAGAAUGGUUGAGGUGUCGUCGUAUCCUGCGCUUAGCACCGGAGGAUCGCCCGCAAGCCUUGAAGGAUUGGUUCCAUGACAAAUAUUCGGUGAACAAAAUUUGGGAAUAUCGAGAACCUCCUGCUGCCAUUGGCAAACACGAAGUCCUAUGAGCGCCACUUCUGAGAUAUAAAUGAAAUCAAAGGAUAUCCUGGAGCCACAGAUAUCCAAUAAGCCAUAAAUAUGUUGAUGAUUUCAAAA